CGUUGUAUUCUCUCUUCUCACGUCUCACUCUUUCUCUCUCUACAUUUUUUUUUCUUCCACAAAAAAUCUCCAUUGUUGCAACUCCAACUGUCCUUCUACCAAACUUUCUCUCUCCUAUUUCUCUCUGUCUCUUAGCCGUUUCUCUUCUACUUGCACAGAUUUCCAUGUCUAACGGCCGUUAUUUCCAACACUACGGAGUGUAAUACAACUAUUGCUCUGUUUUUUUAGAGAGAGAAAAUUGAAAUCGGAACUAAACUCGGAAUCAAUCGGUUUUUUUUGGGUUUGAGAAUCAGGGUAUUGGUUAAUUUUUCCUGGGAAUUUCGAUUUAGUGAGGAAAUUAUUAAUACGAUGAACAACAGAAUGUUUGAUCUGAACAUGAUGGAUGUAGUAGCUAACAACAAUAACUCCAUGAAUAAUAAGGAGGAGAGAGAAAACUCCAUGAAUGAUGAAGGCUCAGCAACCAACACUGAGCUUUCCGGGACUUCCUCCGCCUCAUCGCUCGUCAACGCCACCGCCGAGGAGUCUCCGAUCUCCGGCGCCGGGGAGUUUGACUUCUUCUCGAAACACAGUAGUGCCGAUGUUUCUCCGUUUGUUACUCGGCAGCUCUUUCCGAUGAAUGAGGGUGACAACGGUGGUGGAAGUGUUGGUUACGACGGAGGAGGCGACGGAACAAGAGAGAUGGAGCUUCUUAGGCUCGGAUCGUCGUCUUCGACGCCCCGAAGCAUGCCAACAAAUCAUAACAGUAAUAGCAAUCAGUGGCUGAACCUUUCGGUUUUAGGUUCGGGUCCAGGUUCGGGGGUAGGUACCGAGCAGCAGAAUAAUGCUAAACAGCAGGUUAGGAGGAGUAGGAGGGGGCCCAGGUCAAGGAGUUCUCAAUACAGGGGUGUCACGUUUUACCGGAGAACCGGCAGAUGGGAGUCACAUAUUUGGGAUUGUGGAAAACAAGUGUAUUUGGGUGGAUUCGAUACUGCUCAUGCUGCUGCUAGAGCGUACGAUAGGGCAGCGAUUAAAUUCCGUGGUGUUGAUGCUGAUAUCAAUUUCACCAUUGCUGAUUAUGAAGAUGAUAUGAAGCAGCAAAUGAAAAACUUAAGCAAGGAAGAAUUCGUGCACAUCCUUCGGCGGCAAAGCACCGGCUUCUCCCGGGGUAGUUCGAGGUAUCGAGGUGUAACGCUUCACAAAUGUGGUCGGUGGGAAGCUAGAAUGGGGCAAUUUCUUGGCAAGAAGUAUAUAUAUCUUGGCUUAUUCGACAGCGAAGUAGAAGCCGCGAGGGCUUAUGACAAGGCUGCUAUACAAUGUAAUGGGAGAGAAGCGGUCACCAAUUUCGAGUCUAGUUCUUAUCAAGGCCAGAUACCAAUUAUGCAACCUAACAAUCAGGGGGAUGGGCAAAACCUUGACUUGAAUCUUGGAAUUUCGAUCACCAUAGACAAGGGGGCUGGAGAAUCACAACCCCAUCAUCCACCUCUUCAUCUUCCUAAUGGAAAUUGGCCUGCGAAUGGGAGUUACUUUAUUCCUGGUGCACCUCAGCUCUAUGGUCAGCCAUUGGCAUCGAGACAAUCUACUCCUAUGUGGUCUGGUUUACCACCAGGACGGCCUGCAACUUAUGAGGAAAGAGUUUCUGAUCAGCAAAAGCUAGAGGCAAUAGCAGGCUCAGCAAGAUUACCAAACUGGGGAUGGUACAUGCAAAACCAAGGUGGUCAAGGAGGAGGAAGUGGUGGUACUGCAAACCAAGUCCAGCAGUUAUCAAACGCAGCAUCAUCAGGAUUCUCAUCAUUUUCUACCACCACUACUUCUUCCGCCAAUUAUCCAUUUACGACCUUACAUAACGAUUUUCACAAUAAUAAUAAUAAUAAUAAUAAUCAUACUCAAGGUAGGUGACACAAGGCCACCGCCUUUGACGGGUGUUUUUUUUUUCCGAUGCCACUUAUUUAUAUCUGAUCGACUUUUCUGGAUUCAAAGGCAUGGGUUGUGAGGGAAGCUGAACAUAACAUAUAAAUACGAAUACUUGUUAUAUUGAUAGUGAUAUAUUAUAUAGGAUGGACUGAUGGAGUUUGAUUUGAGAUUUUUCCAAGUGUAUAUGACCAGUGUGCGAGGUGCAUACGUUGUGCAUAUAAAUUUGGUGCAGGAUUAAUUUUGUAUCUAAUAAUCUAUGAUACAUCUGCAUAAUUACAAUGGAAUUGAGAGAUAAUUCAACCCCUUUUUUCUCUUCCCAA